CGCCGAGGCAUUUCCGGGCGCCAUUCAAGGUGAGCCAGGGUCUCCGAGAACCGCUUCGUGAAACCCCUUUCCUCGCAGUAAGGGAACUCUCCCCCAGCUCGCAGCCUAGGUGCCCGGUUCUGGGGUCAGGGUGCCCAGGUGGCGGCCGGGUAGUCGCCGGAAGAGGCAGAGCCAUUGGGACACCUGCAUCCCGGUGAGGCCCAACGGACUCUAGACCCCACACCUCUGCCCUGCUACUCGAGGAGGUCUCGCCGCUGGUGUGGUGAUCCUGGCCGUCCGGAAGCGGAAUGUGACACCUCCCCUUGGCCCCCUCGGUCCCCGCCAGGAGCCUCCAAGGUUGUCCUGCGGCUGCGAGCCCUGACCACCCCAGGGGUGCUGAGGUUGGCAAGGAGAGGUGGAGAAACGGAUUGACAGAGCAGUCUACCACUUGGAAUAAGUUUCCCUCGUGGACUGUGUUUUUCAUCAUUAGGAUCUCCUGGAGUACAUGAUGCAGAAGAUCUCAGUGCUGCUCUUCCUGAUCUGGAUCAGCUUCCUCUUCUACGCUGGCAUUGCCCUCUUCACCAGUGGUUUUCUGCUCACCCGUUUGGAGCUCACCAACUACAGCAGUUGCCAAGAGCCCCCAGGCUCUGGGCCCCUUCCAUGGAGGAGCCUAGGGGAGCCUGGGGCCUGCUGGAUGGCUUCGAGAUUUUCCAGGGUUGUGUUGGUGCUGAUAGAUGCUCUGCGAUUUGACUUCGCCCAGCCACAGCGCUCACACAUUCCUGGGAAGCCUUCUGUCUCUCUGCCUUUCCUGGGCAAAUUAGGCUCCUUGCAAAGGAUCCUCGAGAUUCAACCCCACCAUGCCAGGCUCUACCAAUCUAAGGCUGAUCCUCCCACCACCACUAUGCAACGCCUUAAGGCCCUCACCACUGGCUCACUGCCUACCUUUAUUGAUGCUGGCAGUAACUUUGCCAGCUACGCCAUAGUGGAAGACAAUCUCAUUAAGCAGCUUGCCAGCGCAGGAAGGCGUGUGGUCUUCAUGGGAGAUGAUACCUGGAAAGACCUUUUUCCUGGAGCUUUCUCCCAAGCUUUCUUCUUCCCCUCCUUCAAUGUCAGAGACCUACACACAGUGGACAACGGCAUCCUGGAACACCUCUACCCAACCAUGGACAGUGGUGAAUGGGACGUACUGAUUGCUCACUUCCUGGGUGUGGAUCACUGUGGCCACAAGCAUGGCCCUCACCACCCUGAAAUGGCCAAGAAACUUAGCCAAAUGGACCAGGUGAUCCAGGGAGUUGUGGAACGUCUGGAGAAUGACACACUCCUGGUGGUGAUUGGAGACCAUGGAAUGACCAAGAGUGGGGACCAUGGAGGGGACAGUGAGCUGGAGAUCUCGGCUGCACUUUUUCUGUACAGUCCCACAGCCCUCUUCCCCAGGGCCCCACCAGAGGAGCCAGAGGUCAUUCCGCAAAUCAACCUUGUGCCUACGCUGGCUUUGCUGCUGGGCCUGCCCAUUCCAUUUGGGAACAUUGGGGAGGUGAUGACUGAGCUGUUCUCAGAGAUUGUAGACUUCCAGCCUCACUCCUCUGCUCUGGCCCAAGCUUCAGCUCUCCAUCUCAAUGCCCAGCAGGUGUCCCGAUUUCUUCACACCUAUUCAGCUGCUGCUCAGGACCUCCAAGUUGAGGAGCUGCAUCGGCUGCAUAACCUCUUCUCCAAGGCCUCUGCUGACUACCAGCGGCUUCUGCAGAGCCCCCAGGGGGCCGAGGCAGCACUACAGACUGUGAUUGCUGAACUGCAACAGUUCCUGCGGGGAGUUCGGGCCAUGUGCAUUGAGUCUUGGGCUCGUUUCUCUCUGGUCCGCAUGGCAGGGGGUGCUGUUCUCUUGGCUGCUGCCUGCCUUCUCUGUCUGAUGAUAUCCCAGUGGGCAACAUCCCCAGGCUUCUACCUUUGCCCUCUGCUAGUACCCAUGGCCUGGGGUCUGGCUGGGGCCAUUGUGUGUGUAGGGCUCCUGGCAACUACCGAGCUGAAGCAGGAUCCAGUGGUUCUAGGGGCUGUGGCUGCAAUGGGCUCACUCCUACAUUUUCUUUGGAAAGCCUGGGCUGGCUGGGGAUCCAAGAGGCCCCUGGCAGCCCUGCUUCCCACCCCUGGGCCUGUUCUAUUACUCUUGCUCAUUCGCUUUGCUGCUUUCUUUUCUGAUAGCUUUGUUGUAGCUGAGGCUAGGGCCACCCGCUUCCUUUUGGGCUCACUCAUCUUACUCCUGCUUGCCCAGCUUCACUGGGAGGGCAAGCUGCUGCCACCUAAGCUACUCACAAUACCCCGCCUUGGCUCUUCGGCCCCAACAGGCUCCCCACAGCACAGUGGAAUGCAUGCCCUGGGGCUUGGGGUUGGGUUGCUUUUUUGUAUAAGGAUAGCUGGGCUUUUUCAUCGCUGCCCUGAAGAGACACCUGCUUGCCACUCCUCUCCCUGGCUGAGUCCCCUGGCGUCCAUGGUGGGGGGUCGAGCCAAGAAUUUGUGGUAUGGAGCUUGUGUAGGGGCUCUGGUGGCCCUGUUAGCUGCUGUACGCCUGUGGCUUCGCCGUUACGGUAAUCUCAAGAGCCCUGAGCCCCCUGUGCUCUUUGUGCGGUGGGGGCUGCCCUUAAUGGUACUGGGCACUGCUGCCUACUGGGCAUUGGCAUCAGGGGCAGAUGAAGCACCCCCACGUCUCCGGGCCCUGGUCGCUGGUGCAUCAGUUGUACUGCCCAGGGCUGUGGCAGGGCUGGCUGCUUCAGGGCUCUUGCUGUUGCUCUGGAGGCCUGUGACGGUGCUGGCAAAGGCUACAAUGGGUACUCCAAGGACCAGGACUGUCCUCACUCCCUUCUCAGGCCCCCCAACUUCUCAGGCUGACCUGGAUUAUGUGGUUCCUCAAAUCUACCGGCAUAUGCAGGAGGAGUUCCGGGGCCGGCUGGAGAGAACCAAAUCUCAGGGUCCCCCGACCAUGGCCGCCUGUCGGUUGGGGAAUGUCUACUCAGCUGCUAUGGUCACGGCCCUCACGCUACUGGCCUUCCCACUUCUGCUAUUGCACGUAGAGCGCAUCAGCCUUGUGUUCCUGCUUCUGUUUCUGCAGAGCUUCCUUCUCCUGCAUCUGCUUGCUGCUGGGAUACCCAUCAUCACCCCUGGUCCUUUUACUGUGUCAUGGCAGGCAGUCUCUGCUUGGGCCCUCAUGGCCACACAGACCUUCUACUCCACGGGUCAUCAGCCUGUCUUUCCAACCAUCCAUUGGCACGCAGCCUUCGUGGGAUUCCCGGAAGGGCAUGGUUCCUCCACCUGGCUGCCUGCUUUACUGGUGGGAGCCAACACCUUUGCCUCCCACCUCCUGUUUUCAGUAGGUUGCCCAUUGCUCCUGUUCUGGCCCUUCCUAUGUGAGCAUCAAGGGUCCCAGAGGAGGCGGCAGUCCCCAGGGAAUGAAGCUGAGGCCAGAGUGGGGCCUGAGGAGGAGGAGGAACCAUUGAUGGAGAUGCGACUCUGGAAUGCACCUCACGACUUCAAUGUAGCACUGCUGCAGCUGAGCCUCAAGUACCUCUUUGUCCUUGGUAUUCAGAUUCUGGCCUGUGCCUUGGCAGCCUCCAUUCUCCGCAGGCAUCUCAUGGUCUGGAAGGUGUUUGCCCCCAAGUUCAUUUUUGAGGCCAUGGGCUUCAUUGUGAGCAGCGUGGGACUUUUCCUGGGCCUAGCUUUAGUGAUGCGAGUGGAUGGUGCUGUGAGCUCCUGGUUCCGGCAGCUAGUUUUGGCCCAGCAUAGGUAGCCUUGGCUCUGGGGGCCACGGGGAGAACUGGAGAACAGUCUAGUCUGGCCUAUACAGGUGCUGGAUCAUCUGCAAGAGAGGCUCAGCCUCACCUCUUAGCACCAUGCAGCCAGGAGCUACUGGCAUCUGGGACUUUAUUAUUUUAUAAUUAAAAAUCAUGAUGGGGCCUGAUCCUGAACUCCUGCUUUGGAUGCAUCUGAGGGACUGGGGGGUAGUCUCCAAAGUGAAAU